GGCGGCAUUCAUGUGCCGCAAAGGCUACUACGCCCUCAACACAAUGUUCAUCUGCGACGCAGGCAUGCGGAUCCUCGCCGUCGACCCUCUGCGACCGGGGUCAGACCACGACGCCCACGUCUGGACAACUACGUGGUUGCGUCGUCAGUUCCUGGAGGGGCAUAUUGCCAAGGCCGGCGAACACCUCCUCGGUGACAGCGGCUACCACCUGGAACCAUGGCUCCUGUCCCCAGUCACAGGCCACCCUCCCCUACACACUGCAGAAGGCAGGUACAACACUGCACAUGCUGCCAUGCGGUCCGUAGUGGAGCGGUGCAUUGGGCUUCUGAAGAGCCGCUUUCGCUGCCUUCAGCGGUACCGCGCCCUCCACUACGAGCCAGAACGCGUUGCCAACAUCGUUGCAGCAUGUGCAGUGUUGCACAACUUGUGUCUUGACGAAGGUGACGUGUUGUUAGAUGAUGUGAGUGAUGACAGCAGCAACAGCAGCAGUGAUGAUGAAAGUGGCAACCCCUCCCCACAGAGACUUCCCCGACCACCGCACAGUUUCUUUCUUCAGCUCAAGCCAGGAGCACGAGGCAGCGUCAAGCCAGCCCGAAGGGUGGCGGUUGCUCUUCAAGAACGCGUGCAACAGGAACUCGAUAAAAUGGAGCGCGACCUCGUCAUUGCAAAGUCUCCGAUCGGCAACUGCAGGGAAUCCGUGAAGAUCUACUGGAAGCUGCAACAAUGA